AGCACAACCACCACCAAAUAUCCACCUAAGCCAACCCAUUUUUUUUCGUUUCCCUCGUUGGCCUAUAAAAUCAGCACCAGACGAAGAAGAUAACAUGUCCCACAACUUCAAAUAGUUGAAACACAAAACCCUAGCUAGCUACUUGAAGUGUCAAGACUUUUUGAUCUUUGAUAAGUACAUUAUUAUUAUCUCUAUUAUUUUAUACGAUGGCUGGAUCCACCGUUGUGAUGAAGCUAGUUUGCUUGUUGGUUGUAGCCAUGGCGAUUGCUGCCCCAAUAGCUCAGGCUGCCUUAACAUGUGGACAUGUGUCUACUAUGAUCAAACCAUGCAUACACUACCUGAACAAAGGCGGGGCUGUACCGUAUGCAUGCUGUAAUGGAAUUAGGUCACUGAACAGCGCGGCCAAGACAACCGUUGACCGCAAGUCCACCUGCAAUUGUCUAAAGUCGGCCACUGGUAGUUUUAAAAGAAUCACCAUCAUUCUCGCCGCAACACUUCCCGGCAAGUGUGGCGUCAGCGUGCCUUACAAGAUUAGCCCCUCUACCGAUUGCAAUAAAGUGCAUUGAGCUUCGAUGGUUCUAGAGAACAAAAUAAAGUGCGUGGAUGUUUAUCCAUAUAUACGUACGUUUUUGUAUAAACUCCUUCCUUAUGGGGAGUUUCGUUAAUAAAAUAUAAUAACUGUAAUUUCAUGAACUUUUUGUCAGGAGUAAUAAUAAUGGAGUUCUUAUUGACUGGUUUAAA